AUGUCCCGCAACGCCCAAGUCGAAGAAGUCUACGACUCGGACCCAGAAGAAGUUGCUCCUUCUCUGGUCCCAAGCCACGCCAAAAAUGACUCCAUUCUCUCUGGCGCCUCAAUUCCUACGUCGUCGAUGCCCAUCAGACCCGCGCCUGAACCUCAGCGAGAAAUUCCAAAAUCCUACCAAUGUCUGUAUCCUGUGUACUUUGACAAGACGCGAACCCGCGCAGAGGGCCGAAAAGUUGGCACAGAACUGGCAGUGGAGAAUCCUCUUGCGAGGGACAUUGUUGAUGCUGUGCAGAUGCUGGGACUGCGAGUUGGGUUUGAGCCGGAGAAAUUACACCCCAAGGACUGGGCGAAUCCAGGGCGAGUUCGUGUGCAAUUAAAGGACGAGAACGGGGAACCGGUUAAUUCACAAAUCAAGAAUAAGCACCACCUCUAUAUCCUCAUCGCGCAGUACCUCAAAGCCCACCCGACAACGGAUCAAUCGCCCUACCGUUUGCGCAUUCGAGGACUCCCAAUGCCUGAGAAACUACCAGAUGCCCCCCCCGCGCCUCGCGGCUGGAAAAUUGGUAAAAUCCUGCCCAUACACUCCGCCGCAUAUAGUGGUGGUGGGGUUAGCGAUAACCCUCUAAAAGACGCUAUGGCCGAGAUGCAGAAUAUGCAGGGAAUGCCCGGUAUGCCGCAAAUACCCGGAAUGGGAAACUUGGCAGGUAUGAUGGGCGGAGGUGAGCCAUCAGGAGGCAGCGAAAAGAAGAAGAAGGAUAAGAAGAAGAAAUAG